ACGUAGUAUAUUUAUUACUUUAUUAUGGUGACUACUUUUAAUCUUUAUUUAAAUUCGCUACAAAAUCUCGUAUUAUUAAAAUUAUGUCAGUAUAUCAUGAUGAAGUAGAAAUUGAAGAUUUUGAAUAUGACGAAGAUGAAGAAAUAUAUUAUUAUCCAUGCCCUUGCGGAGAUCAGUUUCAAAUAUCUAAAUCAGAAUUAGCUGCUGGAAUGGAAGAAGCCACAUGUCCUUCUUGCUCUCUGGUUAUUAAAGUAAUUUAUGAUAAGGAAGUGUUUAUAGUUAAACAGGAAGAAUUUGUUAAAAAUGAAGAAAAACAGCUUAUGGCUCAAAAGAUAUGAGAUAAAUCAAAAUACUUUCUGAAGUGUUGUUUUUUAUAAUCAUAAUUGAGGUGAAGAAUUAUUAAAGUUCUUAAGAGAAGAAAUUAUAUAAUAAAAUAGAUUUCAAAUAAUAUUCCUUUUACUAAUUUUACUAAUUGUUAGAAAAUAAAAUACUUAUAUUAUUAUCAUGGCUGGACGUGGCAGAGGAAGAGGCAAACCUUCUAUGUCAAUUAGCACAGAACAAUUGGGUUUUACUAAAGGA